AUGGCAGCCGCGGACGCCAGAGGGCGCUGCGCGUCAGUGUCCUCGCCUACAGGACACCUUGGGGCUUCGUACCCUCGUCUCGGAAACUCAGCCUUCCGACUGAAGCCUCGGAGUGUUCACGCCGGGGAAGUUGCCCAGUUGGAAUCUCGCCUUCACAGCUGCGAGCUCUAUUGUUUGCUUUUAGCUUCAGGUGACCUCCAGCAGUCCCCAAGGGUUUAUGAAAACACAGGUGCAGCCCUCUCGUAUCUGGACCCCAAGCUCUCACACCAAAGCGUGGCAUCUGGGGAGCUCUUCGUCGACGCUGUCGAGCUUCGGUGCUCCUGGGGUAGCAGGCAGAACUGCAGCGGUUCUCGGAAGGGAGGCCGCAGAGCGGAGAGUGAAUGGGGCGGUGGCCGGCGGCCUGCGGCUGGGCAAGCGCGGCCCGCAGAGCGAUUCUUCAGGACCGCGGACAGCGCCACAGGCUCCGCCCCGCCGGGGGCCCGCAGCCUGGCCACGCUCCCAGCCGCCUCGCAGGCUCGGCCCCUUGAAGCAGAGUGGCGCUUUCUGCGGACUCCUUGCUACCGCCCAGUCGCGACCUUAACGACCCGCCUCUCCCUCCCAGUCUUUGGGGAGCACUAA